AUGCUUUCGAUCACGCGGGUACUCUUCGUAGUUGACUGGCUGACUGACAGAUAUCCAGCUGCUCGCACCUCCCUGGAAAAUAAGCAGCGAGUCGACGUGGUAUGCUGGCUGCGCCCCGCUCGACUAGACCAGCUUGUUAGUCAAUUUGAGUCAAAUGAGGCUCGUUUUGGUCUGGAAACCAUCAUGAGUGAGUUAUGCGAGAGUCUCUUUAAAAAGGCAAGUGGGCUUGGUCACGAAGACUGGAUCAGGUUAGAUAAAAAUGCACUAAACCAUGAGGCUAAAAAUGUACAUAUCUAA